AUGGACGUUUCGGCCCUUCGAGACCGUAUUCAGGCGACCUUGGACGCGAACACAAGUAAUCGUCAACAGGCGGAGAUCGAUCUGAAAUAUGCCGAAACGCAGCCCGGCUUCAUCAAUGCGCUGUUGGAUAUUCUUCAGACUGAACAGAACAACGCCGUUCAGCUUUCUGCCGGUGUUUACCUGAAGAACCGUAUCAGCCGAGGAUGGGCGCCAGUGGAAGAUAACCCUCAACGGGCUCCUAUUCCCGAAGCUGAGAAGCCGGCAUUCCGGGAGCGACUCAUUCCUGCGAUGGCUUCGACACCCCCCAAUGUUCGCGCCCAGCUGGUGCCCCUCCUCCAGAAGAUUCUUCAGAACGACUUCCCCGAGCGUUGGCCUGGAUUCCUCGACCUCACUCUCCAGCUUCUCGGUACAAAUGAGGCAAACACAGUCUAUGCGGGUCUGCAGUGCUUGCUCGCCAUUUGCCGUGUUUACAGAUUCAAGGCCGGCGAGAAGAGGGAGGAGUUUGAUAAGAUCGUGGAGCACACUUUCCCUCAGCUUCUCAGCAUUGGUCAGCGACUAGUCGAUGAGGAGAGCCUCGAGUGUGCGGAGAUGUUGCGCAUCGUGGUCAAGGCGUACAAGCACGCUAUUUACUUCGAGCUGUCUCCGGCUCUCCAAACUCAUCAGGCGACUGUGGACUGGUGUACCCUGUUCCUGCGAAUUAUCUCAAAGGCUCCUCCUGCUAGUGCCAUGGCAGAGUCGAAGGAAGAGCGUGAGCUGAACCACUGGUGGAAGUGCAAGAAGUGGUCAUACGCCAACCUGAACCGUCUCUUCAUCAGAUACGGCAAUCCCACCACGCUCACAAAAUCUUCCAUUCCCGACUACACGCCUUACGCCAAGACAUUCAUCACGAACUUUGCGCCCGAAAUCCUCAAGGGCUACCUGCAGGAGAUCGACAAGUGGGUCUCCAAGUCCCAAUGGCUUAGCAACGCGGCUCUGUCUUAUACUCUGGUGUUUAUGGAGGAGUGCGUCAAGCCGAAGGCUAUGUGGGAUCACCUGAAGCCGCACAUGGAUAACUUGAUUGCGCACUUCGUCUUCCCUAUCAUGUGCCAGUCUGAUGAAGACAUUGAGCUUUUCGAGGACGAUCCGUCGGAGUAUCUCCACCGCAAGCUCAAUUUCUAUGAGGAGGUGUCCGCUCCCGAUGUCGCCGCAACAAACUUCCUUGUGUCUUUGACCAAGAACCGCAAGAAGCAGACCUUCUCUAUCUUGACGUUUGUCAACAGCGUUGUCAGCAAGUACGAGUCUGCUGCUGACGACCAGAAGCAGCCGCGUGAGAAGGAGGGCGCUCUCCGAAUGAUCGGGUCUCUCGCGUCUGUGAUUUUGGGCAAGAAGAGCCCUAUUGCUGACCAAGUGGAGUAUUUCUUCGUCCGCCACGUUUUCCCCGAAUUCCGCAGUCCCCACGGCUUCCUUCGCGCACGCGCUUGCGAUACUCUCGAGAAGUUUGAACAGCUUGACUUUAAGGAUCCCAACAACCUUAUGACAAUCUACCGCAACAUCCUGGAAUCCAUGACCGACCCCGAGCUGCCUGUCCGUGUUGAGGCUGCCCUUGCCCUGCAGCCUUUGAUUCGUCACGAUGUCAUCCGUACUUCCAUGCAGCAGAACAUCCCCCAGAUUAUGCAACAGCUGCUGAAGCUGGCCAAUGAAGUCGAUGUUGAUGCGCUCGCUAAUGUUAUGGAGGACUUUGUUGAGGUCUUUUCUGCUGAGCUGACACCGUUUGCCGUCGCCUUGAGCGAGCAAUUGCGCGAUACCUACAUGCGUAUUGUCGGUGAGCUCCUGGAGCGAAACGCCACCAAGGCUGGUGAUGACGAGGGAUACGGAGAUUUCUUGGAUGACAAGAGCAUCACUGCGUUGGGUGUGCUGCAGACUAUUGGCACUCUUAUCCUGACCCUUGAGAGCACUCCCGAUGUGCUGCUGCACCUUGAGACCAUCUUGAUGCCUGUCAUUAGCAUUACUCUGGAGAAUAAGCUGUACGACCUGUACAACGAGGUCUUCGAGAUCAUUGACAGCUGCACUUUCGCAUCCAAGGCCAUUUCCCCCACCAUGUGGCAAGCCUUUGAGCUCAUCCACAAGACCUUCAAGGCUGGUGCUGAGCUUUACUUGGAGGACAUGCUUCCAGCUCUGGAUAAUUAUGUUUCUUACGGCUCAGACAUGCUCGUCCAGAACCCUGCUUACCUUGCCGCUAUUGUUGGCAUGGUCGAGGACAUCUUCCGUGACGACAAAGUCGGUGGAGUCGACCGUAUCUGCGGCUGCAAGCUGGCCGAAACUCUCAUGCUCAACCUUCGUGGCCACAUCGACCAGUAUAUCCCUCUCUUCAUUGAGUUGGCCAUGGUUGUGAUCGAUGCCGGCGAGGCUCGCACCAGGUCCUACCGUAUUCACUUGAUGGAGAUGAUCAUCAACGCCAUCUACUACAACCCCGCCCUCAGUCUGCAAGUUCUUGAGGCCAAGGGCUGGACCAACAAGUUCUUCAGCACUUGGUUCUCUAGCAUUGACCAGUUCCGUCGGGUUCACGACAAGAAGCUAUCCAUUGCUGCGAUCAGCUCAUUGCUGACCAUGAAGGCUGCUGACGUUCCCGUGAGCGUUCAGCAAGGGUGGCCCCGCCUGCUGCAAGGCGUCACUCGACUCUUCCAGACUUUGCCCGCUGCUCUCAAGUCACGUGAGGACGCGACUCGCGAGUCCGACUUCACUUUGGACGAUGAUGAGGAGGAAGAUGACGAGGACAAUGACUGGGAUGGCGAAGUCGAAUGGAACGAGGGAGAAGAGGUGGAGGAGGCUCUUGAGGGCGACAUUGCUGAUGAGAGCGCUGCGUACCUCGACUUCCUCAAUAAGGAAGCCCAGAAGUUCAGCAACUUUGCUGAUGACGAUGAUGACGACGAGCUUGACGAGGAGAGCCUGCUCGAGACCCCUCUGGACAAGCUUGAGCCCUACGGCAUGUUCAAACACGUCUUCAUGAGUCUUCAAUCCGAACAGCCCCAACUCUACGAGAAUUUGACGAAGGUUCUCGGUCCCGAGGAGCAGCAGAUUCUUCAAUCUGUAUUCCACGAGGCCGACACCAAGGCCCUGGCUGCUGCCAACGCCGAGGCCGCCGCCGCUGCGGGCAUGCAAUCGAACGGCAACCAAUAG